AUGUCUCUCUCUUCCACCACCACUACUACUACCAACGCCGCCAUCGCUACCCCCACCGCCUGUACCGGCAACGUGUACGUCCUGCCCAACGUCACCGACGCAGCCUGUGGUGCCCCCAUCUCCGGCAACAUCACCGACGCCUUCGACUCCUGCUGCAAGGGCAACACCCCCACCAAAUACGAGAAUGACUGCGGCAUCUACUGUCUGGCCAUCGGCCAAGAUAUCGGCCAGCUGACCAAGUGUCUGGAGCAAAAGAGCGGUUCCUACGCUGUCUUCUGCAACAAGGGCACCAACGCGACCGCGACGGCAUCAGCCUCUGCCACCACGACCCAGACUACCUCGAUGACGGGGACCUCGACCCGCGCCGGUGCGGCGAGUAGCACGAGCUCGGGUGCUGCUGGGGUGAGCCAGCCUGUCUCGAAGACGGGACUAGGUGUGCUGGCGAUGGUGCUUUGCUCUACUUUGAUGGGUUUUGUUGCUUGA